AUGGCAGCAGACAGCACCCUAUCAAGGACCUUUCGUUGGCAGGUUGACGGUUUCUCCAAGGUGGCAGAAAGGAAACUUAAUUCCAGGCCCACCUUCCUGGUGAACGACCGGUUGGAGUUCCCGGAGGAGCUGGACUUGGACAGGGGCAGUUGCAAGUACCUCAGCCCGCUCUCCGACAGGAGUGUGCGCAACCUCUACCUGCUGCAUAGUGUUGUGGUCCACACUGGCAACGCUGUCGACGGGCACUACCACGCCCUCAUUUGCCUAGACCUCGCACGCCAGUGGUUCAAGUUUGAUAACGAACAAGUGACGAAGGUGGAGCAGUGUGGGGGGGAUGAAGAGUACUCCAACGCCUACAUCCUUACCUACAUUCGGCAAUCCGACCGGGACAAAAUUCUUUCCAGCGUUGACGAGAAGGACAUUGCGCAGCACGUGCGUACUCGGUGGAAGUUGGAACAGGAGGCGCAGGAGCAAAAGCGGAAGGAAAACACAGAGACGGAUCUUUUCACUGUCAAAGUGUCACGCGAUGAGGACAUGCGAGGGCAGAUUGGCCGGACCGUUUACUUUGAUCUUGUGGACCAAGACAGAGUGAAGAGCUUCCAAGUCGGACAGCUAACCGAUUCGGCUGGUAUAUCAGGCACUAAAGAGCUCUGCCUUUUUCUUGAAGGCACUUCUUCCAUCCCAAAUUCUUCGAAGCUUGCUUUGCACGAUAGGGCAAAAGAUUACAUUCUGCUUUUUGUGAAGCUUUACGACCCCGCUCUUAGAAUCAUUAGGUGCAUGGGUCACCAGUUCGUGAGUCUUGACAACAUGCCCAAAGAUGUGCAGGAAUGGAUUAAUAAGAUGUGUGGCUUCACAGCGAAUCAGGACAUUCAGCUAUUUGAG